AAUCCCACCAAUUGUGUCUCCUAAGCAACAGAAAAUGGAAAUGAUACUGAUCUCGUCAUCGACACUCAGGUUCCAUCCAUUGAGGACAUCACAAAGAAUCGCCACCGGAACCAAUAGAAGACGAACCACCACCGUGUGUGCAGACUACUACAGAGGAGGAAGAACGGUGGACGAGAACAUGGUGGUCCUUAGGAAACGAAUCCAUGAGAUGAAGAUGGUUGAACGCAACUUUGAACCUCCUUCUCAUUGGAUGCAAUGGGAGAAACGUUUCUACUGCAACUACGACGCUACUAUAUGUGAUGCACUCACUCUUCUCCAAACUUUUCUCAUGAACUCUCGUCCCAGCGUCGCGUUUGGAACGUGUCUUCUUCUCCUCGUCAGCGUUCCCGUCUCCUCCGCCGUUUUUGCUUUUCGCAUCCUUGAUCUAGCUCUUUGGCUUUUGGACGCCGUUCACGUAGUAUGAUCCGUAAAUAUCUUUGUUAUUUUAUCUAGAAACUAUCUUUGUUAUUUUAUGUCGAAAUUAAGGUAAUUUUCCAAAACUAAAAUGGAAUUAUUUAUUAUCAACAAAUACCUUGAGAAAUUCUAUAAUGAUUUUGUUUAAAGAAUCCUAAUUUCAUCUUUUUUGGAAAAAUAAAAAUAAAAAAAAUCCGUACUUCAUAUGAUUUAGGAAAAAAAAGUAAUCAGUGUGAAGUAGUAGAAGAAAAUCCUUGCUUCAUAUGACUAGAGAUCCGUUGAUUAUUCGGAAUACCGGAAAACUAGAGUCUCUCAGAUCUGUU